UGCUUAACAAAAGAAAUUUUAAACUUAAAAUAAAAGACAUAAAAAAAGAAUUGAAACAUUCGCAAUUUAUAUUUUUAAAGUAUUAAAAUAAGUCCAUCCUGAUGUUGGUAUUUCUAAAAUAGCUAUGAACAUCAUGAAUUCUUUCAUUAAUGAUUCUUUUGAAAGAAUUGCUCUUGAAACCUCCAAAUUAGUCAGAUUUAAUAAAAGAAAAACUUUAUCUUCUCGUGAAGUUUAAACUGCUGUUAAAUUAUUAUUACCUGGUGAACUUUCUAGACAUGCUAUCUCUGAAGGAACUAAGUCUGUUACUAAAUUCUCAUCUUCUUGAGAAUAAUUUAUAAAAAUUUUGUUUUAUUAAUUAAUUCAUAUAUAUCCACU